AUGCCGAUUGGUUUCACCUUGGUCAACAAGCUGACUCCCGAAGAGGGCCGCGAUGCCAACUUAGAUAUUACUGGGCAGUUCUGUGUAAGUUGCGACAACAUAUUCCCGAUCUGGAGGCCAAGCGAAACCGACUACGACCUUCAUGAAGACGAUUCAGCAGCUUAUGCGCAGCAACGAAUUGACGCCUGUAGCACAUUCGACGUGUUCACCUUAUCUGGAGCAAGUUUAUCUGAGGCCUCCAGAAUCGCUCAAAAAUUGGCGCUACUGACUCAGACGCUUUUUAAAGUAUGGCUGGAGUCACUGGUGGUGGACUUAGUCAAGGGGUGGAACGGCAAAUUGUAUUUCCUGCAGGUGCGUUUGUGGGACUGUCAGGCAGGUUCCCUUUUCAGCAUUCCAACGUUCAAACUGCAAGUCAAAUCCUUCACCUUAAGAAAGUCUGGACCUCUUGUUGAUUCUGUUUUAAAAGUGGAUGCAGCCAGGAGAGACACAGACGAUGAGCCUCCUGAUGAGGCCUUGAAAGCUAGUGCCGCCCUACUCCGGAAGCAGCAAGCCUCCUUAGCUCAACCAUCUGUGUGCGCGAUGUGUGGACUAAGUCGGAGCAAGAAAUCUUUGAACCGCAUGCUGAAUCACCGAAUGAUGCUGGAGGCUCAGCACCAUAUGCGCAAAAGGGGUGUAGAAAUACUGUUCUUCCAUCAGGCUAGGAAGCAACAGCUGUCAGCAGAGUCUCCCGUCUGUGGUACGUGCUACUCUCUCUACUUGGCCGAAAAGGAGCUCAUUCAGCUUGAGGCAGAAAUGGCCAGGGAAACUGGCCAGCAUAUCAGCGCUGAUGCUGGGAAGCUCUGUUUUGUUACUGGCAUACUAGACGCGAUUCAGGGCAGCUUUCUUAUGAAUGACCCCGACCUACUGGAGUUGCUCCAAGCGUUCGAAAACUCGUGUCAAAAUACGCAUUGGCCAAGUUCCACAGUCGGGUCUGCUGAUGGACUCUCCGACGGCGCUUCAGAAGUUGCAGAAGACGACAGCAUUCUCGUAGCUUUGGGCGACAAGGGAAGCGAUGAGGCCGAUACACAUGCUGCAGGGAGACAGUACUCAGACACCUCGCUGACAAAAGAUGCUCAAGGAGCGUUGAUAACGUUCCGUGGAGGCGAAGCCAUCCAGUCAGCGCCACGUUCUCAGCCGUACGACAUUGCUUUGCCCGCCGCACUGCAUCAGUGGCGCCUCAUGCUGUUCCUGGAUUCGCUUCAGGAUCCUCCCGCCUCUUCUUGCAUGGAAAAACCAAACUCAUACUUGCUGCAGCUUGGGCUUUUUGGUAGCACAUCCCCUGUGGUGUUGCCUGUCCCCGAUGAGCGGGGACUUGUGCGUAUUCGCCGCAUGCUGAUAUUCUACCUUUUUUCAAAAAAGCCAACAGUCACACAAAUAUUCAAGGAAGACUUGCACUUCUCAUUACGUCCUGGAGUCAGUUCCUGCCUCAACCAGCGAACAGGCAAGUUGAGGGUUCAAUCAGCUGGAUACCCAAGGUCAUAUGCGUUAAAUCCAAACGCGAAACCCCGAAGGUCUUUCUCUGGCGAUUCAGAAUAUGCGGAGCAAGCCGUUGCAGUGGGCAGCUGCUCGCUAGGUCGCUUGGCCGGAAAACGGAGCGUUAAGAACCAAACUUGUGUUCUGCUCUUCGAAGGCAGCACUGGCCGGUGUAGGCUGCGCAUUACCCUAGGUUUGCACCGGGAUAUGCAAAUUCCAACUCAGUACGUUUCAGUCAUUCCGUACCACGAUGCCUUCUUAUCCCAAGCUCCAUAUUGUUGCUCCUGCCCCCUUCCAACGGAGUGGCUGGACUGCUUCGUGACGGCCCCAAACUCUUGA